UCUGGUUGGGCUGGGAGUGUAGCUCAGUGGCAGAGCAAUUGCCUUAGCAUACCCAAGGCCCUGGAUUGAUCCAGUACUUUGCUAGAGAGGCGUGUAGGCCUCAGAAUGGCAGCCAGGAGUUUAGCAGUCUGGAGAGAGGAGGGGAGGGUCCAAGGAUAGGGCCCGGGCUGUACAGUUCCGAUCCUUGGGGUGCACAGCCGCCUGGGGAUGGGGGAGGGUUCAGAGCUCGUGACUCAGGGCAUCCAUCCUGUGGUCAGACACUCACGACCAGCUGAUCCAGGUGCAUGCGCAAGAGGCAGUGGCCCCCCAGUGGCCUCAAGCUCCCAGUAGGCAGGUGUGGUCCUGGAACAGCCAGAACCCUAAGGGAGAGAUUGGUCCUGACUACUGUCCCUUCACUGAAGACCAGGCUCCCCUCCCCCUGGCCCUGCAGCUGUCUCUGGACAGAGGGAGGGGGAAGUGGCCAGAAGGGGAAGUGAGAGGAGUUCCUGUCCAGCCUGUCACCAGUCUCCUCAACAGCCGUGGCCAUGGAGUCUCUGGAGACCCCUGUCAAGGACGGCAUCCUGUACCAGCAGCACGUGAAGUUUGGCAAGAAAUACUGGCGCAAAGUGUGGGCUCUGCUGUAUGCAGGAGGCCCAUCAGGCGUAGCUCGGCUGGAAAGCUGGGAUGUUCGUGAUGGUGGCCUGGGGCCAGCAAGCGACAGAGCCACAGGGCCUGGCCGGCGAGGCGAACGUCGGGUCAUACGCUUGGCUGACUGUGUGUCUGUUCUGCCUGUGGACUCUGAGAGUUGUCCCAGGGACACUGGUGCCUUCCUGAUUACCACCACUGACCGAAGCCACCUGCUGGCCGCCCAGCACCGCCAGGCAUGGAUGGGCCCUAUCUGCCAGCUGGCCUUCCCGGGCACCGGAGAAUGUUCCGGAUCAGGACAGACUGAGACUCCAAAAAGGGGCUUUGUUCCCAUGGAGGAAAACUCUAUCUACUCCUCCUGGCAGGAAGUCAGUGAGUUCCCAGUGGUAGUGCAGCGGACAGAGGCCACCACCCGCUGCCAGCUGAAAGGACCCUACCUCCUGGUGCUGGGCCAAGAUGACAUUCAGCUUCUGGAGACUUCCAGCCCCCAGGCCUGCUACAGCUGGCCCUACCGUUUCCUGCGCAAGUUCGGCUCUGACAAGGGAGUGUUCUCUUUUGAGGCCGGCCGCCGUUGUGACUCGGGUGAGGGCCUUUUUGCCUUCAGUAGUCCACGUGCCCCAGACAUAUGUGGAGCUGUGGCUGCUGCCAUUGCCCGCCAGCGGGAACGGCUUCCAGAACUGGCCACAUCCCCACCCUGCCCAUUGCCUCGGGCCCUCUCCCUGCCCUCCCUAGAGCCCCCUGGAGAGCUUCGGGAGGUGGCCCCAGGAUUUGAGCUGGCCACUUCCAGAAAGCUGCCUGUGACUGACCCUGGACCCCAAAGCCUGCCGCUGCUGCUCAGUCCCACACAAGAAGGAACAGUAUCCAGUCUCUAUGCGUCCGUGUGCAAGCAGACCAGCAGGCCCACAGCCACUGUGGAGCACCUCUAUGAGAACCUGUGCAUGCUGGAGGCCAGUCCUGGGCUGUCCAAUGGGGGUCCUGAGUCCCAAGAGGGCCCUCCUGGUGGCCACAGCCCCGUGGCCAGCCCCAUCUAUCAUAACAGCGAUGACCUGAGUUGGCCUGGCUCGGCCCAGGACAGCAACCUGGAAGCCCAGUACCGGAGGCUGCUAGAGCUGGAGCUAGAUGAGGCUGGAGGAACUGUCCGCUCUGGUGCACAGACAGGCAUUAAGGCCAAGCUGGUGACUCUGCUGACUCGGGAACGGAAGAAGGGUCCUCCUCCCUGUGACCGGCCCUGAAGGCCUGUGCAGUGGCAGCAGGACAGAGGUGAUCUCUCGGGAACUGGAGGGAGCAACUUCAGACAUAUCCCCUGUCUACUGUGACCUACAGGGACAAGACAGGCAGCCUGGGAAGAAGCCGCACGCUGCCCUACCCCCUCCCAGCGGACAGUGUACAGAUUGACCAAUAAUAAAGCUUGCCUAGCCAGGCGGUGGUGGCGCACGCCUUUAAUCCCAGCACUCGGGAGGCAGAGCCAGGCGGAUCUCUGUGAG